AUGGAUGAAAAUAAUGAAAUAUGUGAAAUUAUUCCAUCUCAAAAAGAAAAAAGUAAAAUAAAUGUUCGAGGUCGUGCAAUAAUAAAUUUUUAUAACGGGUCCCAUUAUCUUAAAAAAUUUGUUGAACAUAAUCACUCGCCUCAGUCUAGUAAUGCUAUAGUUGCAGAAAUUAUUGGACAAAUCAAACAGAAAGCUCGUAUAACACGAGACAAACCUUCCCAAAUAAUUCAAGAUAUUACUUCUAGUAUAUUACAAGAGUAUCAACCUUACAUGCCAUCUUCUAAUGCCCUUCACUUUCAAGUUGAACGUAUCAUUCAUGGUGAACCACAUCCUACAAAAAAAGCCUUAAUUGAAAAAGAAAAAAGAAUAGUAAUGGUACUUAAUGAUAAAGAAAACCGUUCUAUUAUGGAAUUUCUUCGUGGGAUUGCAUAUAAUCUUAUGUUAUAG